GCGAACUUCAGUUAUCCAAACUCCGAUGAUGCCGUCACUCUUCCGCGGCCGCGACGGCCGAUUCAGACUCCCCGCGGCGCUCUCCGUCGAUCUCCUCCUCCUCCUCCACCUCGUGCUCGUGCUGCUCCCGCCGCUGGCGGCAGCGCAGCAGCAGUACGAGGCCAACGCGCAGACGGACUGCGACGCCGACAACGGCAGCUCCGUCCUCGGCUACACCUGCGGCGACCCGGCCACCUCGCCGCCGUCAUGCACGGCCUACCUCACCUUCCGCUCCGCCCCGCCGAGAUACGCCUCCCCCAUCACCGUCUCCUACCUCCUCAACGCCAGCGUCCCGGCCGUCGCCGCCGCCAACGCCGUCCCCGUCCCCGUCCCUGUCCCGGCCGACGGCCUGCUCCUCGUCCCCGUCCCCUGCGCCUGCACGGCCGCGGGGUACUACCAGCACGACGCCGGCUACGUCAUCCAGUUCGACGACGAGACUUACUUCAUCAUGGCGAACGACACGUACCAGGGGCUCACGACGUGCCAGGCGCUCAUGGCGCAGAACCCGGCGCACGACAGCCUCAACCUCUACCCCGGCAUCAAGCUCACCGUGCCGCUGCGCUGCGCGUGCCCGUCGCCGGCGCAGGCCGCUGCCGGGGUGAAGUACCUGGCGACGUACCUCCUUGGCUGGGACGACGACUCGUCCACCGUCGCCGACCGCUUCGGCGCCGACUACCAGGCCGUUCUUUACGCCAACAACCUCACCGACGACUCCACCGUGUACCCCUUCACCACGAUGCUGGUUCCGCUCAAGCGCCGCCCCAAUGCAGACGUGACGGUCUCGCCGGAGCCGCCGGGUCCAGCUCCUGCUCUGGCUCCGGCUCCGCCGCCGCCGCCGGUGCCAUCCAGUGAAUCGGUCAGUGGCAAGUGGAAGAAAUCCUUUCUUGGGAAGUGUAUCGGCAUAGGAGUUGGUGUUGGGUGCGCGGUUCUUGCGUCUGGUGCUCUGCUUGCUCUGCUCCUGCUAUGGCGUCGACGGCGGUGGCAGGGCAACGGCGAGCUAGCUACGACGGCAAUCCACGACGUGCCGUUGGCGCCGGGUAAAGAGGGAGCAAAGGCGACGCCGGCAUGGAUGGUGCCGACGACAGUGGCUGAUGCCGACGUGCGAGAUGCGGUGGGAUCGCUGACCCUGUACGAGUACGGUGAGCUCGAGACUGCGACGGCGGGGUUCGCGAAGGAGCAUCGCAUCGGAAACUCGUCGGCAGUCUACCGCGCGGUGAUCAACGGCGACGCGGCGGCGGUGAAGCGGGUGGCCGGAGACGUGGGCGCCGAGGUGAGCGUCCUGGGACGUGUCAACCACUCGUGCCUCGUCCGCCUGUUCGGCCUCUGCGUGCACCGCGGCGACACGUACCUGGUGUUCGAGCUCGCCGAGAACGGCGCGCUCAGCGACUGGAUCCACGCCGGUGGCGACGGCGGCCGCGGCCGCGGCCGCGCCCUCUCCUGGAGGCAGCGGAUGCAGGUGGCGUUCGACGUGGCCGACGGGCUCAACUACCUGCACAACCACACCAGCCCGCCCUACGUGCACAAGAACCUCAAGAGCUCCAACGUCCUCCUCGACGCCGGCUUCCGCGCCAAGGUCUCGAAUUUCGGCCUGGCGCGCGCCGUCGCCGGCGCCGGCGCCGGCGCGCAGAUGACGUCGCACGUCGUGGGCACGCAGGGUUACCUGGCGCCGGAGUACCUGGAGGACGGGCUGAUCGGCCCUCACCUCGAUGUGUUCGCCUUCGGUGUCGUCCUCCUCGAGCUUCUGUCCGGGAAGGAGGCGGCGCCUGAUCGGGACGGCGGCGAGGGUGGCGAAGCCUUGCUGCUGUGGGAGGAAGCGGAGGGGCAGCUGGUGCCAGCGGCCGACGGCGAGGACGCGCGGGCGCGGGGCAGCAGGGUGGCGGCGUUCAUGGACGCCAGGCUGCGCGGCGACUACCCGUUGGAGGUGGCGAUGGCGGCGGCCGCGCUGGCGCUGCGGUGCGUGGCGCGGGAGCCCCGCGCGCGGCCGUCGAUGGCGGAGGUGGUGUUCUCGCUCUCGGCGUUGCGCAGAUCGACGCUCGGUUGGAGCACCGUUGAGCUUCGCGUCUCGGCAGCUGGAUGAAAAAGACCCAGUGGGCUGAUGGCCCAUUUGGGAGUUUGAGCACGACAACUAUCUAGCUCGGCCCAGUGGCGAACCCAGAAUAAAAAUUUACGUUAUCUGAUUAUUGUACUUGUACGCUAAUUAAUAUAAUAUAAUUUAGUAAGAAUUGAAUAAUUUACUCGGGGUCCGAGAACCCUUGGAAGAUAAACUUAGGUUCGCCACUGGCUGGGCCAAUAGUGGACUUGUCGUCAUACAAAAAAUGACUGAUUUUGUAUCUACUU